CCCUGGCUAGUCUUCAUCAGCCGCCGAGCUCUGCGCGCCACUAGCUCGCAGAGAGGGAGGAGAAAGCGGCGAGUUCCGGAUCCCUGCCCAGCCCGGCCCAACCUUUGCUCCAGAGAUCAUGGCUGCCCCAGAUGUGGUGGCGACAGGCGCCGACCCGAGCGAGCUGGAGAGCGGCGGGCUGCUGCACGAGAUUUUCACAUCGCCGCUCAACCUGCUGCUGCUUGGCCUCUGCAUCUUCCUGCUCUACAAGAUCGUGCGCGGGGACCAGCCUGCGGCCAGCAGCGACAGCGACGACGACGAACCUCCCUCGCUGCCCCGCCUCAAGCGACGCGACUUCACCCCCGCCGAGCUGCGGCGCUUCGACGGCGUCCAGGACCCGCGCAUACUCAUGGCCAUCAACGGCAAGGUGUUCGACGUGACCAAAGGCCGCAAGUUCUACGGGCCGGAGGGGCCCUAUGGAGUCUUUGCUGGAAGAGAUGCAUCCAGGGGCCUUGCUACAUUUUGCCUGGAUAAAGAAGCACUGAAGGAUGAGUAUGAUGACCUUUCUGACCUCAACGCUGCCCAGCAGGAGACCCUGAGUGACUGGGAGUCUCAGUUCACUUUCAAGUAUCAUCACGUGGGCAAACUGCUGAAGGAGGGUGAGGAGCCCACUGUGUACUCGGAUGAGGAAGAACCAAAAGAUGAGAAUGCUCGGAAAAAUGAGUAAAGCAUUCAGUGGAAUCAUAUCUAUUUUUGUAUCUUGCAGAAUCAUUUGUAACAUUCCAGUCUGUCUUUAAAACAUGGUGAUUUCAAUAUUUAGAAAAGUUUUGAACUUGCUGUAAAUUUUUUAAUUAACAUCACUAGUGACACUGAUAAAAUUAACUUCUGUCUUAGAAUGCAUGAUAUGUUUGUGUGUCACAAAUGCAGAAAGUGAACUGCAGUGCUGUAAUGUAAAUGUUAAUGCUGUUUUUCUUCCGUCUGUAGUUAGUACAGGCUGAAUUAAAUGUGUGUUUCCUGAGAGACAGGUAAGACUUGGAUAUUUCCUGAAACAGGUAAAAACGUUAGAUGUGCAGCAAGAACAAAGGAUCAGCUAUUAGUCAUGAUGUUCUCUCAAGACAGCAAAUCCCUUUUUUUCCUCAAUUGACUUAACUGCAUGAUUUCUGUUUUAUCUACCUCUAAAGCAAAUCUGCAGUGUUCCAAAGGCUUUGAUAUUGAUUAAAGAGAGCUGUCCAGUAGCAAAGUGAAAUCUCAAAGCUGGACUCAGCUGGAAAAAAACAUACCGUGUUUCUGGACUGCUUUGUUGUCCUUGCUCUCACAUGGACACUCAGACGCCCUCACAAACACAGUAAUCUACAGUUUGGAUUAAAACAGGAUCUAAACAUUCCAAAGAAAGCUUUAUAAAAAGCCAGCCAGCUUGGCUACAACCUGAAAUACAUGGAGAAGAUUAUAGGACUAUCUUUUCAACCCCCGUGUUUGUGGUGGGGCAAUGGUUAUUUGGUUAUUUUACACAUUUAAACUGAGAGGGGCAUACGGAACAGGAACAGGUGUCUGCUCUCUUAUGAGCCUUCAUACACACCCCUGAGCAAUGAGGAAACAGUACACAUCACUAGCCAAGUGGUUUUUCAAGUAAAGCAUAUUCAUAACAGUUAUUAUGUUGUUCCAAAACUAUAGCCACUGCAAAAGUAGUAGUCAAUUGUCUGGGUCUUUGAUAUUGCUCUUUUGGUUAACACUAAGCUUAAGUAGACUAUACAGUUGUAUGAAUUUGUAAAAGUAUUUCAUGAACAACUAGUGAAGUUUCAAAUUCUUGUAAUUGUAGUUAAAUAGUCAUUGUAUUUUCUUGUGAACUGUGUUUAAUGGUUUUACCUCAAAUCAGAAAACAAAAUGAAGUGCUUUGGUCAGUUAAUAAAAUGGUUUUACCCAGCA